AUACUGAAUUCAAUUUCAAAUUAAUAAAUCUUUCAUUUCUUCUUGUCAUAUCGUACAUCAUUUUAUCUGAAUACGCCUCAAUUAAAAUUAAAUCCUCUUCUUGUUCUUCUUUUAUUUUUCAACUCAAAGCGGGUUUUAGAGAAAAUCCCAAAAAGAAGAUUUUAAUUUUCUGCAGCUCAAUUUCGAAUCUCCGGAGUUGAUUUUUUUUUGCUCCUUCGUCCGGAGGAAAAAAAUGGCUCAGUCGGCGGCGGCGGGGAGAAGCGGAAGGGUUAUCGGCGAUUACGCGGUGGGUCGACAAAUCGGGUCGGGUUCGUUUUCUGUGGUUUGGGAAGGGAGGCACCUUGUCCAUGGCACCGUUGUUGCUAUCAAGGAGAUCGCUAUGGCUAGGCUUAAUAAGAAGUUGCAAGAGAGUCUUAUGUCCGAGAUUAUUAUCUUAAGGAAGAUUAAUCAUCCUAACAUCAUCCGCUUUAUCGACAUGAUCGAGGCUCCUGGGAAGAUAAAUCUGGUGUUGGAGUAUUGUAAAGGAGGUGAUUUGUCUAUGUAUAUUCACAAACAUGGAAGUGUUCCUGAAGCUACUGCUAAGCAUUUUAUGCUGCAGUUAGCGGCUGGCUUGCAAGUUCUUCGUGACAAUAAUAUCAUUCACCGUGAUUUAAAGCCUCAGAAUCUUCUUCUAUCCACAGAUGAUACUGAUGCAGCUCUGAAGAUUGCUGAUUUUGGAUUUGCAAGAUCGUUGCAGCCUAGGGGUUUGGCAGAAACUUUAUGUGGUUCACCACUGUAUAUGGCCCCAGAGAUUAUGCAGCUUCAAAAAUAUGAUGCAAAGGCAGAUCUCUGGAGUGUUGGUGCUAUAUUAUUUCAACUUGUGACUGGCAGAACCCCUUUUACAGGAAACAGUCAAAUUCAGUUGCUCCAGAACAUUAUAAGAUCUACUGACUUACAUUUUCCAGUAGACUGUAGAGAUUUGAGUACUGACUGUAAAGAUCUAUGCCAGAAGCUACUGCGUCGUAAUCCAGUGGAACGUUUGACGUUUGAAGAGUUUUUUCAUCAUCCUUUUCUUUCGGGCAAACAAUCAUAUGAUUUCACAAGAAGUAGAUUAGAUUCACAAACAAUGAAUGAUUUUCAUUCAUCUGGUAGCAGUCCCUCAAGAAAUAUGGAUGACAUUUCUCAAGAAGACUGUUUGCCGUUCUUUUUAGAUGAUGAUUCUAGUGGACCUGAGGGAAGUCCUUCAUCUUUUAAACAUACUUCUCCCAUGAAGUCAUCUUACGGAUUUAGUAUUGAGAGAAGGGAGGCAGCAUCUAGUCCUUUGAAAAACAUGGAACUUACUUCCAGAUAUAGUAGAGUCAGUCAUAGAGCUGAAACCAUUAAUUUCAAGUUUGAAGGCCAUAGAUUAUCAGAUAGAAGCCAAUUUAAACCGUCAAGCUUGCCUGAUACCAGAUCACUUAGUACUCAAGGAAGAGUAGGGGAUUCUCCAGACUCAAUGGAUCAAGAUUAUGUUCUGAUAUCUGGACCACCGGUUGAUAUACCAUCAUCUUCGUCUGGUUCUCCGAAGCCUUUCAAUUACCCAUUCAAAUCACAUUCUCCUCCUGUAGAGUCCAUCAAGAGAAAUGUAUCUACUUUAACGGCUCCUAUGCCAAUAGCUGGUGCCACUGGCAACAACAUUAGUCGAUUUGGAAGCUUGGAGAGUCAGAAUUAUAUCCCGGGUACUUCCCAUGGCUCUCUGGAUCUUGUAGAUGCUUUUGAACAGCCAUCAACUAACAGUUUGACAAGAAUCCGGUCUUUACAAAAGUGUGCAGCAGCAGUAGCAGAAUUGGUUCAUGAAAGGGAUGAAACUGGUAAGCAUUUAGAAGCUUUCUCGAUCCAACUGGUGGUUCUUGCAAUUUGGAAUCAAGCACUGCAUAUCUGUCAUACUCAGGCAGUCUCGGGUACAGAAGGAAACCUGCGCCAAGACAUUAACAGAGUAAGAAGAAAUAUCAGCCACGAAGGAUCAGAGAAGAUAUUGUCUCAGAUUCAGAAAGAAUUUGUCCAGGAGGUUGAGCGUGCUGAAGAACUUGCCAAGUUUAUUGAAUCUGAUAAAAUAAAGAUGCCGGAUGCAAUGGAGAUAAUAUUUCAAGCAGCUCUUACUCUCGGCAUAAGUGGAGGAGUAGAUGAAGUGAUGGGAGAUGCAGAGAACGCAGGAAACCUCUACUCGAAAGCGGUGCGUUUGCUAGUCUUCCUAGUAGUAGAGGCGCAGACUCUGAUUCUCAAUCCGCCUUUAACACUCACAAACUCAGUACGGUAUCGAAUCAGAACAUAUAUUGACUCGCUCAUAAGCAGAUUAAAACAUCUUCAAUCACAUAGAAGAACUUCAUAUCCUCAGAAGCAAUGAAAAGGAGGAACAAACAAAUCUGAAAUGAUUCUCUGGUCUCUUGUCUGUUUGUUAAGUGUAUGUAAAUUGUAAUCAUUUAAUUGUACAGCCAAAAAUGGAAAAGUUAUUCUUAAUUCUUUUGGGGUUAAUCCGGAGGGACUUGUAACAUUCUCUUUGUUGUGACGCUCAUCAAUUGUUUCUACAGAUUCAUUUAAUUUUAAUAUACUUGACAUGAAUUUGUUUAGA